CUCGGUUCGGCCGAUCUUGUUGAGGAAAUUUCUGUUGGAGGUGGCGAAAAAAUCAUACAGGUUACUGGAGUCCAAAAUCCAGGCCAAGCCGUUUCAAUUCUCAUUCGUGGCUCGAACAAACUGGUGCUGGAAGAAGCUGAAAGAUCGAUUCACGACGCAUUGUGUGUCAUUCGAUGUCUGGUGAAAAAGAGAGCACUUGUUUCAGGUGGUGGUGCUCCAGAAAUGGAAGUAGCAGUACAGCUGCGUCAGUUAGCUCUGGAAAGACAUGGUGCUGAACAGUAUUGCUGGAGAGCAUUCGCGGAUGCGCUGGAACAAGUUCCAUAUACUCUAGCUGAAAAUGCAGGCCUAAAUCCAAUAGCAACAGUUACGGAAAUGCGUAGCCAACAUGCCAAUGGCAAAAAGAAUCAUGGAAUCAAUGUUCGCAGAGUAAGAUUUUCUUAUUACAUAAAGAACAAAUCUUUAAGGUUGCACCCAGAAGCAGCGCACAUUUUUCAAAUUUGUGCUGGCUUUUCACGGGACUUCCGCUACAACAAGCCUUUUCGGUAUGAGUCUCCAAAUUUUAUUGUUAACUAGCA